GCCGGGGUCUCAGGUCUUGGGCUGUACCCGGGAGGGCGCUCCCUGCCUGUGGGCGCCCAGGGGCCGCUGCGGGCUCCUCUGGGGCGUCCAGCCGGGGCCUGCCGCGCGCGGUGGUCCGCAGGCUCUGGGUGGGCGGGGCCCCGCGCUCACCCCAGCCUUAAAGGAGAACCUAUCAGAGACGAGACUGCGGGUUAACCUGGGAUGUGGUGUCCUAGGUUCCGGCUUGAGACUCCUUAUUUGUGUUGUAAAUGCUGAUGGAGAUGGAAGCUGCUCCACUUAAGCGCUGAGUUCUCAGUCUGGAUAGGUCAAGACACUUGAGUUGUAGCUCCUGAUUUGGUUCCCGUGUGGGGGAUUUAUUUUGUCCCUGUGCUUCCAUUUGAGCAGUCAGUAGUGGAGCUGAUUUUUUAAAACAUCACAGUUAUUUGAAAACGCGUGGUGAAGGGAGCAGAAUGAGAGGAAAAGGGAGGAAUUCCUGGACGCUUGCCUUUUUUACCUUAAGGAAUUUCCAUUUCUAGAUCGUGGCUAAAGAGAAGGUAUGGGAGCCCUGACCUACCAGCACACGCUAAAAAUUAUCUUCUUUUUCUAUCUAUUUUGAUAUUCGCUGGUGUGAGCAAAAGACUCCAGGUGAAAAUAAAAACACGAGUUUUUUACAGAUGGAAACUUACUACUGCAAAUCCUGGAGGCAAAGUGUGCACGACAUGGAAUGUCGAAGGCCCUGUGAUGUGCCUAUUGAUCUUGUACAUUUUAAGCGGGAAAACAAAUCAAGGUGCACUGAAGAAAAUGAGUCUUUCCUCAAAGGAGAUAGAAGAUGGGGAAGAUGAGAUGUCAGAAGAUAAGGACAAUAGCAGUAGAGAUGAGAACCUAUGAAAAAAAAACACCUGAUAAAUGGAAGAUGGAAAUGGCCAAGCAGAAGGCUCCCCCUGACACCACAAAACAGAAAUUAGAAGCUAAACCACCUGUAACUUUCAGACUGUUUGUGGGAAACCUGAAUUUCAACAAAAUGGCUACUGAGCUAAAAACUGGUCUCAGUGAAUUUUUUGCUAAAAAUGAUCUCGCAGUUGUUGGUGUCAGAGUUGGCUUCUCCAGAUUUGGUUAUGUGAAUUUUAAAUCCGCUGACGACCAGGAAAAAGCCUUGGAACUUAGAGAUACAAAGGUCCUUGGGUAUGAAAUGAAAUUGAAGAAACCAAAGGGAAAGGAAAGAAAGAAAGGGUUCUCUCCAGGACUCAUUCCCUGGCUACUUGUGUCCCAUCCAUGGAGUCUCAGCUUACAGGUCACUUCCUCGGAUCAGGAGAAUCUUCCUUUACCCCCAGACUGGGAUCGAGAUGCCAGAACGCUUCUGAUCAAGAACCUGCCUGACAAAGUCACUCAGCAUGAAUUAAAAGAAGCGUUUGAGGAUGCUUUUCAAAUCAGAUUGGUGAGCAAGGAUGGCAUGAGGGAAAGGAUCGCCUAUAUUGAUUUCUACUCACAAGUGGGCUGCAGAGAGAGCCUUGGCAAAGAAGCAAGGAAGAGAGAUCGGUGGGCUUGCCAUAGUUCUGGACCGUGCUGGAGAGAAAAGCCAAGGCCAAGAAGAUAGACAGUACAGCCCCUGGAGAGUGGGGAAACGAAAGCUAGAACAGGAAAGCCACACGUUUCAAGAAAAAUGGGAGCGAGCUUAUUUCUUUGUGGAGGUAAAGAAUGUUCCUACAUGUUUAAUAUGCAAACAAAGUCUGUCUGUGUCGAAAGAAUAUAACCUA